ACGUGCCAAUGGGCCCCGAGGUAGCUGCAAAGCUUACGAUAGUGCAAGUCUACAGUAGUAUGUCAAGAGCAGUGUUGCACGUGUUUAUGCGAACAUUCGGAGAAGGUGACAGUGAUUGUCUUUGAUCCCGAACUUUAUUCCUGCACGGAUAUGGUAGAUGUUACAACAGCAUUACCAACGAAUGGAGGGGCGUCGUUAAUUGGACGCACCAGAGGUGCUCUUAGGUCUGUGCGAUCCGCUUUAGGAGGAAGCGGAGAGUAUCUUCAGGGCCUAGGGAAUAGAAUAGGCUCUGCUCUUAGCAGUAGCUUAGAGGAAAACGAACUGACUACAACUCCUUCCACGCCGUCAUCGUCGCCGCAAGCUCCACCGCAACCUAUCAAGCCAGAAGAGCAAUUAGGACGGCGAAAACUCAGACUUCCGAGAUUUGGCGCGGGAUUAUCCUACGAGGAUUAUGAAGCAAUAGCGCGGCACAAAUUGGAACGACAGGGAAGUGCCAAUCUUUCUAGAACGCGAAAGUAUCCACCUGGGAUGACUUACGAGGAGAUAGCGUCUUCCAGAUCAGCUUCGAGCAAGAAACAGGAGAACCGAACUGAACAGGACGACAUCAGUCCCGAUCGCGACAGUCAGGAAAGUAUAGAGCCUAUUCAAGAGCAGGACAUCAAAGCGACCGGGCCCGAUCCUUAUGAGAAAUUGAACUAUAAAGCAGACAUGCCUUGCAGCAGUGAUUCUACAAGCGAUCAAGAUGGAUACGGACCCAGCACUAGUCUGGAUUCUAACAUGGAUGGUCGCAGAAUGUGGCAAAGAUCGGGAUCAUCGGGUUCCGUUCAGUCCUGGGCUUCGAGCUUGUCAGCUGAUAGUCAGUCAGAGGAAGCGGCUGCGGAUUUUAUGAAAGCUUUUGUACCUUUACUAUUUGACGCGCCUAAUACUAUCGAUCAAGAGCAAAAAGCUAAUUUUGGACAAAUGGUUUUGACAGAAUCGGGAAGAAUAUGGUUCUCCAGGGUGGUGAACGCAAGAAGAGCACGUGCGUGUGUCACAGAAGCUUCAUUUUAUUCUUUAGCGCAGCAUUUCGCAGUCGCGCUGUUUGAAUGUCACGAAGCGGAUGAUUUUGCACCCGCUAAAAGUCUUAUGAACAUGUGCUUUACUUUCUAUCACGAAGUGGAAGUUCCUGGAUUAGAGCCUUAUCGUGAAUAUUUGUACACACAUUUACGCGUUCAACCGAUAUGGACGUCCAUGAGAUUUUGGACAGCUGCUUUCUUUGACGCAGUACAAUGUGAGCGAGCGUCAAGACCGGUACCACCUCGACCAAAAUCUCUAGAUCAGGAAAGCAUCGCUGCUGAGGAUAGGAAGUUUCAAGCAAACAUUGUCUUUGGACAGUUAGGAACUUUUACAUGUAACAUGCAUGCUUUUGGUCUGUCAAGAGCUUUAUGCACAGAGUUCCUCCGGAAACAAUGUAUUAUUGCGAAUUUAACUAAAGAACAAGAAAAAAUGCUGCGAGAUAAUAUAGAUCGGAUGUUUGAUGAGACCGAGCCAUGGAGGUAGUUUAUGUGAACAUAUUAGGAAACGAUUUUGAAAAUAAAUUUAAAAAAUCGUUUUGCCACGUUCCCUCUUAAAAAUAUUUUCCACGAAAUUAAAUUGUCUUCGAAUGCUGAGAAAACAGUGUGUGUGUGUGUGUGUGUGUGUGUUUGUGUGUGUGUAAAGUCAAUUAUGAAAAUAGUCUUGUUAAUAUCGUUGAUAUAUAAAACGAUAUUUGUUAAAUUUUUCGCGAUAUUAGACGAUGGUCGCGUCAAUUCCUAAGAUGCGAACACUGCACAGAUUUGCGCCUUAAAUUGCGAAAAGUAUAUUGAAUCUUACAUUUCUAAUAUAAAAAAUUUUUACAAACUUGCUAAGGAAUUAAUCCUGUAAUGUUAAUAGGAAUUUAAAAAAUUGAAAUUUGAACACUGAGAUUUGAAAUAAUUCUGAAUUUUGAAAUAUUAAUACUAAAAAGCGGCGACAAAAUAAAGAAUGUUAAAUGACAAUAAAAUUUAAAGACUAGAAUUGACAGUUUAAUUGAAAUAUUGCUUGUUGAAUGUAAAUUACUAAUUGAAAGAAA